AUGUUUUUGCGAUGUCAGUCAACUUUGAGCGAAACGAAGACUCUUAAUUGGGCGGAGUACCUUGCGCUACGAGGCAGCAGGCAUAAAUGGCAGACGGCCAUGACCAUCCCUUCUUGCGCUCUGGGUCUUUUCGGUGGGGCAGCUUACUUUGGAUCGUUGGACACGGAUCCUAUGAAGCCAAUCUGGGGCAUAGAUCCUUUUAUAUUCUAUGGCGCCUGUACCGCCGCGUGUAUGGGUUUGGGUUACAUUGUCGGCCCAACGCUGGGGUCCUCACUGUGGCGUAUUGUCUAUCGCCGUAGCGCGCGCCUCAUGGAUGCUCGAGACCGCGAAUUUUAUCAACGGAUAGCAAAAAACAGGGUAGACGCCACUCUUCAGAGUCCAACAAGCCCAGUACCAGAUUAUUAUGGUGAACGCAUCGGUUCCCUCCAUCACUACAGAAGAUGGCUCAGAGACCAGGGAAAGUACAAACGAAAGGUUUUGCUGCCUGAAGAAUAA